CGGCAGCGACCUGGUGAUCUAUCCUUUCCGCCGACAUUGGUGAAGCAGCCAACGCGCGAGCAGCUUUUUCGUGUGUCCCACUCUGCGGAUGAACCGGACGAGCCUUUUCUGCUGGAGUGUGAGGCCACGGGCGAUCCCGAGCCCACUUAUCAAUGGACCAAGAACGGCGAGAAGUUCGGCCAUGUUUCGCUCGGGAACCGCAUCACACAACAGCCCCACCGUGGCUCGCUCGUCUUCACAGCCCCCGAAAACGCGGACGAAGGGCUGUACCAGUGCCACGCCACCAACAAUCUCGGCACGGCAGUGUCCGGUACCGUCUCAGUGCGCAAGACCGAGCUCGGAAAGUUCCCCGAAAACCCACCGAAACAUGUGCGAGUCCGGGAGGGCGACCCGCUGUCGCUCCCUUGCGACCCACCGGCGGGUUAUCCGCGACCCAUUGUCUCGUGGGUAAUACAACACGCCAACGGUACCCUGCGAGCGCUCAAUUCAUCGCGCAUGAUCGUAGAUCCCCAGGGAGGUUUGCAUUUCUCGCACGUCGAGACGCAGGACGCUUUUCCCCAUGCUGUCUACGCUUGCGUCGCCUCGUCACGCUCACUGCUCGAGUACAAGCUCGGCAACAAGAUCCUGCUGAACGUGGAGCCAGACCCGAGCAGUGAACAAGCGAGAUCGCCCACUAAGCAGUAUGUGUCACCCGAAGAAAUGGUAGCGCUGCGGGGCCGUUUCCUCGAACUUCACUGUGUCUACGGAGGCACACCGGAGCCUCAAACCUCGUGGAAAAAGCGAGGAGGGGAUCUGUCGCCUGAACGCGUGUCCUAUUCAAACAAUGGCAGGACGCUGAAACUUCAUUCCGUAAGCUUGGAGGAUGAAGACACUUAUGAGUGCGAGGCCAGCAAUGGCGUAGGCGAGGUACAGACACACGCCAUCCGUGUUAAGGUGGAGGCAGAACCCAACUGGCUUCAAGUACCGAACUCCGCCAUCAAAGCCUCCGGAGAGAGCGUCACCUUUAAUUGUUGUUCCUCGGGCAUACCGGAACCAAAACUGCACUGGUUCAGGAAUGGCGUGCCCAUCGAGAUGCUGGAAGGCAACAGCAACAUGAGGCUAGGCAGUGAUAGAUGCACGCUCUUAUUCGAGCACCUUCGAAUGCUUGACACCGCUGUCUACCAGUGCAACGCUUCCAAUAUUCAUGGAUACGCGUUUCACAACUUCUUCCUCAAUGUUGUCGAGGUUACUCCACUCAUCCUGGAACCGCCCGAACCGUUGACAGUCGGUGUGGUGACGUCGAAGGUGACUCUGCGAUGUCGUGUUGCAGAAGCUGCACGGCCCGAACUGAAGUGGACGAAAGGUUCGCAGGAACUGACCGGAGGCCGUUACCGCAUCCUCGACUCCGGAGACCUGCAGAUUGACGGCCUCACGUUCGCGGAUCAGGGCGAAUACGUGUGCUCUGCCAGCGACAGGUCUCGCAAUCACGUGCGCCAGACCUCCGGAAGACUGGAGGUCAAGCGCAAGACCCGAAUUACCGAGCCACCGCAGGACUUUGAGGUGGCAUCUGGUGGGGCCGCUACCUUCCGCUGCAGCGCCCAAGCGGAUCCAAGUCUGGAGCUAAGUGUCGAAUGGUUGUUCAACGACCAACCCAUCGACUUUGAGGUUGGCCGACGAUUGGCUAAAUUGAACGACAACUCGCUGACCAUCACGCGCGCCACCAAGCUCGACUCUGGCAACUACACCUGUGUGGCACGCACUGGGCUGGACAGCGACCGUGCAAUGGCUACACUGAUCGUCCAGGAUUUGCCGGGCCCACCGCGUCUGGUGCACGUCAAGUGCCAUAGUCGUGACGUUCUUCUGGAAUGGCAGCCCACCGGUGAUGGCCGGGCGCCCAUACUCUCCUAUUCCAUUCAGUAUAACACCUCCUUCAGUCCGAACAUUUGGGAAGACUCAUUUAAGAACGUCCCUGCCUCCGAUACAAAGUUUACGCUGCCCAUGAGUCCAUGGGUAAACUACUCCUUCCGGGUAGUGGCUCGCAACAAGGUCGGAUUCUCGCUGCCCUCAGAAGUAUCAGAAACGUGCACAACCCACGAGGACGUGCCGUACAAUAAUCCUGAUCAUGUUACGGGACGCGGGGAACGCCCUGACAACCUGGUCAUUACAUGGACACCCAUGCCCCCCAUAGAGCACAAUGCACCAGGCUUCCAUUACAAAGUACUUUGGAAGCGUGAUGACAAGCCCCGUGCCACGUGGAAUUCACACCUUAUCGAUGACUGGAGACAAAACAGGCACGUCGUGUCUAAUCAGCCAACGUUCAAGCCAUAUCGCAUCAAGGUUGAAGCGUACAACAGGCUGGGCCAGGCAAAUACUCUUGCCACGGAAUUCAUCGGAUACUCGGGCGAGGAUGUUCCUCUGGCUGCCCCGAAAGAAUUCCGGCUUGUGGAAAUUCGUGACGGCCGCACAGCCGUGUUUUCAUGGAGCCCCGUGAGUCAGGAGUCUGUGCGGGGUCACUUUCGGGGCUAUAAAAUCCAAACGUGGACGACCGACGAAGGAAAAGAUGAACUGAAGGAAAUAGAAGUGUCGGCCAACGUGAGCACGGCCAUGGCAAGCCUCUUCCGUCCGUUUUCGCGCAACGUGGUCCAAGUUCUGGCGUACAACGGCAUGUACAACGGACCGCCAUCAGAUACACUGGACUUCCUCACACCUGAGGCCGUCCCGGGCCCAGUAGCCUCGUUCGAUGGCCGGCCGCUGGGUUCGAGAGCCGCGUACCUCUCUUGGAAGCCACCUUUGGAACCAAACGGCUUAAUCAAGGGGUACCGCAUCUACUACGAAGAAGUUCGGGGAGGCAUGGUGGGACCCAAGACUGAGCGGCGGCCGCCUGUGACCGGCCCGCAGAGGUUGCACGCCAAACUGACGGGUCUCAAACCACGCACCAAAUACCGCUUCACCAUUCGUGCGGAGACGUAUGCCGGGCAGGGAAGCCCGUACUUCUUCGAGCUCGAAACUCCGGACGAGUCCGAGAAUCUUCCCGACGUAGCCGACUUCACGUGGACCUACCUGCCAGGCGACGAUGGAAGAGCAGGUGUGAGGGUGACGUGGCUGCCGGCCAUGACCAAACACCUUGGCAGGGACUUUUACGUCCAGUACCGACACAAGGGUGAGAAUACUUGGCAGAACACCGAGGUUGAGGAGUACGAAGACACCAUAGUGCUCGAGGGUCUGGACAAGAAUGACUUCUACGAAGUGCGCAUAGUUGUCGUCGACGGAAAGUACCAGAAGUACUCGCAGAUCGAAGAGGUGUGGACAGGAACACUCGAUGUGCCCAGUCCCCCGGAGAUAGUGCACGUGGAAUGUGAAGCUUCCUCAGCACUGCUAAAGUGGACACCCCGAGGGGACAACCAGGCGUCCAUCAUAUCGUACUCAGUACAGUACUCAACCUCCUUCAACUCUACUCGGGGUUCCUGGCAGGACGUCGCUGCAAAUAUUCCCGCUUCGGACACUAGCGUCCGCAUGGCGCUUAGCCCGUGGGCCAACUACACAUUUAGGGUUCUGGCAAGCAACAAGGUUGGACCCUCGGCGCCCUCUGAACCAUCGGCGACAACUUGCGCGACACCCGAAAACGUCCCUUUCAAGAACCCUGACUCUGUGACGGGCCGGUGGAACAUCUAUGGCGACCUCAUUAUAUCUUGGAUGUCCAUGGCACCAAUCGAUCACAAUGCACCGGGAUUCUUCUACAGGGUGUCUUGGAAGAGGAACGACCUUCCCAACGCCACCUGGAGCUCGCAUGACGUCAAAGACUGGACGCAAGAAAGACUCGUCCUACAGGGCCAGUCCAGGUCUACGCCUUAUAGCGUCCGCGUCGAAGCACACAACAGCCUUGGCCAGGCGAACGUCUUGCCCAGAGAAAUAGGGGUACCGACAAGUAACAAGACGAACAUCGCAGGCAUGAUGGACGCUGUUCUUUCGUACUUUCAAAGCGUGUUCUGAAUGACAACGUGACGCUGUUUAUUUGCGCUGGUCGAUACAUGUCCUUAGACAACGAGGAACAAAGCGAACAGCAGGACAAUGGGAUAUAAAUGGGUUCUGCGAUGGCUUACAGCCAAUGUUUUAGCCGUGAACGACGUAAGCUGACUUAGAGUUCCACGAAGAAAUAAUAGCGCUUAAAUGACGAGGA